AUGAGCAAAUGGCUCUUCGGUAGCCGCAAGGGCGGCACGCAGCAGUCCGCCAACGUUUACAAUGGCGUCAAGACCGGCCUGCAGGCGAUGUACAAGAAGCAUCUCCUCCCUCUCGAGUCGGAUUUCAAAUUUCAGCAGUUCUAUUCGCCGCUUCUCACGGAUGGGGACUUCGCGGCGAAGCCUAUGGUCAUGGUGCUGGGUCAGUACUCCACCGGGAAGACUACGUUCGUGCAACACUUGCUCGAAAGAGAUUAUCCAGGCCUCCGAAUAGGCCCUGAGCCAACAACCGACAAAUUUGUUGCCAUUAUGGAGGGGACUACCGACCAGGUGAUACCCGGAAACACGGCCGUCGUUGAUCCUACUAAGCCAUUCAGCCAGCUCUCCAACUUCGGAAACACCUUCUUACAGCGCUUCGAGUGCUCCCUCUUGCCGUGUGUUGUUCUAAACGGCCUAACCUUGAUAGACACCCCUGGUGUUCUCAGCGGAAACAAGCAAACUUCGCGGGGAUAUGACUUUGAAGCGGUGGUUCAGUGGUUUGCGGAGCGUGUAGACCUCAUUCUUCUGAUCUUCGAUGCCCACAAGCUCGAUAUCUCGGACGAAUUUAGGAGAUGCAUCAAUGCGCUAAGGGGAAAUGACACAAAGAUUCGCAUCGUCCUAAACAAGGCAGACAUGGUUUCGUACCAACAGCUCAUGAGAGUAUACGGGGCAUUGAUGUGGUCUCUCGGAAAGGUGAUCUCCUCUCCAGAAGUUGCCCGAGUGUACAUCGGCACUUUCUGGAACAACCCGCUUCAGAACGACGAGAACCGCAGGCUUUUUGAGGCUGAGGCGAACGACCUCUACUCAGACAUUGCACGCGUGCCGCGAGACGCGGCAAUUCGGAAGCUGAAUGAUUUCAUCAAGAGGGCCAGACUUGCCAAGGUGCAUGCGCUCCUGCUGACAACUCUGCGCAACAAGCUGCCCAUGUUUGGCAAGGAAUCCAAGAAGAAACAGCUCAUUCAGCAGCUUGGCACCGUCUACCAACAAGUAUCUCAGGAAUAUGGUGUUCCUCUAGGGGACUUCCCGCCCCUCGCCACCAUGCAGGAGAAGUUGGCGGCAUUCGAUUGGGGAAAGAUUCCUAAAUUGGACACGCGGCAGCUUGAGGCUCUAGAUAACAUCAUACGAACGCAAAUUCCUAAGCUUAUGGCGCAGGUUCCGACGGACUCCUGGGCAACUGUACCCCACACGGCGGCGGAUGGCUCGUUGGUGGAGGGCAAGGUAUCCCCAUUUUUAACCCUGUCGCAAGGAAGUUCAGCCCCCACGUGGGCCAUUGACAAGUACCUUCACCAGCCGGUGGACCUCGAGACGUACAGAACGGACUUCGAGCGAAUGGGCCCUGAUGCUCUUGGACGCGUGGACGGCUCUCAGGCCAAGGUAGAUCUUGUCAAGAGCAAGCUGCCUAGCGGCAUCCUUCACAGGAUAUGGAAUUUGGCUGACGUCACUAAGGACGGUUACUUGGAUUUAUAUGAAUAUUCCCUGGCGCGACGGUUCAUCGAAAUGCGACUGCAGGGCCUGGAGCUCCCAGCAUCGUUGCCCCCAAAUUUGCUGCCACCCCAGCUCCAGCAGCAGCACCAACUAUCGCAAGGGUCUGCAGGGAACCUUAGUACUGCGCAGGGAAUCAACUCGCCACCUUCCAUCUCCUCAAGUGAGGAGGGGCCCCUGGCAGCCACCGUGCAGGCAAUUCAGGGUGAUGAGGCUCAGCCAGCUGUCUCCGUGUCUCGUGCAGGCUCAGCUGCCGAUAUAUCCUCUCAAAAUGCAUUCAUGUAG